AUGGAGGAAACUGUUGUUACGAUUGCAGAAAAAGUUGCAGAGUACCUGGUCGCUCCAAUUGGACGUUCAUUUGGCUAUCUGUUUAACUACCGCAGCAACAUUGAUGAUCUCAGGCAACAAGUUGAGAAGCUGGGGGAUGCCAGGGCUAGGUUGGAGCGAUCUGUAGAUGAAGCUAUUAGGAAUGGGGAUGAAAUUGAAGCUGAUGUUGACAAGUGGCUUUUACGUGUUAGUGGGUUCAUGGAAGAGGCUGGCAAAUUUUUUGAGCUUGAGAAGAAAGCAAACCAGAGCUGUUUCAAUGGGUCCUGUCCAAAUUUGAAGUCACAAUACCAGCUGAGCAGGGAAGCGAAGAAGAGGGCAAGGGUUGUUGCUGAAAUACAAGGAGAUGGAAAAUUUGAGAGGGUAUCAUAUCGUGCUCCUCUGCCAGGGAUAGGAUCUGCGCCUUUCAAAGGUCAUGAAGCUUUAGAAUCAAGAAUGACUACUUUGGAUGAAAUUAUGGAGGCCUUGAGGGAUGCUCAUGUCAAUAUCAUUGGGGUAUGGGGAAUGGCUGGUGUGGGGAAGACCACACUGAUGAAACAAGUAGCUAAACAAGCUGAAGAAGAGAAGUUAUUUGACAAGGUGGUUAUGGCUUAUAUAUCUUCCACUCCUGAGUUGAAAAAAAUUCAAGGUGAACUUGCAGACAUGCUUGGUUUGAAAUUUGAGGAGGAGAGUCAAAUGGGAAGAGCGGCUCGACUAUGUGAGAGGUUGAAGAAAGUGAAGAAGAUCCUCAUCAUAUUGGAUGAUAUUUGGACUGAACUCGAUCUGGAGAAAGUGGGAAUUCCUUUUGGAGAUGAUCAUAAGGGAUGUAAAAUGGUGCUCACCUCUAGAAAUAAACAUAUAUUGUCCAAUGAGAUGGGUACUCAAAAGGAUUUCCCUGUUGAACAUUUACAAGAAGAAGAAGCAUUGAUUUUAUUUAAGAAGAUGCCAGGUGAUUCCAUUGAGGAGCCAGAUUUGCAAUCCAUAGCAAUUGAUGUAGCAAAAGAAUGUACAGGUUUGCCAAUUGCAAUCGUAACAGUGUCAAAGGCAUUAAAAAACAAGGGUUUGUCUAUAUGGAGGAUGCCUUGCGACAACUAA